AGGGGGGGGGGGGAAUUAAGGGAACUGCUGGACUUGCGCUAACCUAGUUUAUUUUCUGCUCUCCGUUUUGGCCUUGUUUUAUUUUCGCCUUUGCUUCUCGUUUAUAGGCCUAGUUAGCCGCCUAGUUAUUUGUUUUUGCCAUCUGCCUGCAGUUUUGUUUGUUUUGUUUGUCAUUGUAGGUUUGGCGUCUUCUUAUAAUAAUUUGUUUUGUUGUAGUUCUAAGUCCUGAUAUACGUAGUUAUCAUGUUUGUCCCAGAUGCGGGCUUCCCACUUCAUGAAUCAAUCAAGGUGCACUACCAUAAAAAAGAACUCUGCUCGAAAAAAAAAUAUUGGAUUAUGGGCUAACUUGCAAAAUGUUGCUCUCAGGAUGAUGGCAUACUAUUGACAGCAAUCUGUGCUAGUGGUUGGUACUUGUGGACUUUUAGUCACAUGUACCUCCUUUUCUACUUCGAUGUUAGUGUAUGUAUUUUGUACAGUCGGAAUUUUACUUCGUAGAAAAUAGCAAGUAGAAGCAAUGUAAUUCAAAUAAAUGCUGGUAGUGGGUAAUGAUGGGAUAAAAUAGGCCAAAAUCUUUGAUUGAUCCUGCUGAUGCUAUCAGUCCUCUGAAUAUGAAUAUCCACCUUCUAUUUAUACCCCUCUUAUUCUGAGGCAUGCAAGAGGCAGGCAGACAAGCAGUAGUGAUCAGAAGGGGGAAGAAGAAGCGCCAUGGCACUUGGAGUCUUUGUGAAUUGGAGGGGAAACACCAUCAACAAAGAGGUGCAUGGCGGAGUCAGAGCAGCAUGGUUUUUGUAUGUUCUGACUGUGGUAACAAACGUGGUUAUUGUCCCAAACUUGUUGAAUAUGGUUACUUAUCUCCAUGGAACAAUGCAUAUGGGGGUUUCGGGCUCGGUGACUACAGCUGCUAAUUUUUUUGGCGCCACAUCCGGGUUUGCAAUGAUUGGAGCUUUCCUCUCUGACUCCUACAUCACUCGGGCCCGAACCAUGCUCCUCAUUGGUCCAUUUAUGUUUCUGGGAUACGGAUUGCUCGCACUGCAAGCCUACCUACCCUCCCUCCAUCCACCCGCUUGCAAUACUGAAGCAGAGCUAAACAAUUGCAAACAAGUCCAUGGCAAGAACGCUGCCUUAUUGUACGUAGGCUUGUAUCUGAGUGCAGUUGGUGAUGGUUGUAUACGGUCUUGCUUGCCGUCCCUUGGAGCAGACCAAUUUGACCAUGAAGAUCCCAAAGAAUCCCACCAGCAGUCCAGCUUCUUUAACUGGUAUACCUUCGGAAUCUCUUUUGGAGGCUUCGUAGGGUUGAUUCUCAUAGUGUGGCUCCAAAACUACAAAGGGUGGGAUGUCGCACUCGGGUUGUGUGCUGUCAUAGUUCUGCUCGGAUUGCUCGUAGUUGCUGCUGGUCUCCCUUUCUACCGCAACCAAGUACCACAAGGAAGUCCUCUGACUCGAAUACUGCAGGUUCUUGUGGUUGCAUUCCGCAACAGGAAGACUGAAGUUGGUGAGGGGCUAGAAGAAACACAUGAAAGCAGUAUUGAGGUGGGGACAGGUUACAUUGGCUCACUCUCUCAAACAAAUAGUCUGAAAUUUCUCGAUAAAGCUUGCAUCAACCGUGGCAAAAAGGGAGACUGGUCAGUCUGCAGUGUGACCAAGGUGGAGGAGACCAAGAUUGUGCUCCGCUUUCUUCCCAUCUUCAUCAGCUCCGUGAUUGGAUACAUAUCCAACAUCAUCCUCUUCACAUUCACCGUGCAGCAAGGCGGCUUGACUAACACAAGGCUCGGCAAGAUCCACGUUUCCCCGGCAACACUCUUCGUCAUCCCCAUCACAUUCCAGAUGUUGAUGCUUGCAAUCUAUGAUCAGUUCAUCGUGCCAUUCUUGCGAAGGCGCACGGGCUACAGCGGCGGCAUCACCCACUUGCAGCGCAUCGGCAUAGGCUUUGCCUCCAUGAUACUUGCCUGCGUCAUCGCGGCGGUCAUCGAGAAAAAGAGAAAGGAAUCUGCGGUGCAGAUGUCCCUUUUCUGGCUAGCACCUCAGUUCUUCCUGCUCGGCGUCUCAGACGUGACAUCGUUCACUGGCCUCCUUGAGUUCUUCAACAGUGAAGCGCCACGGGGUAUGAAGUCGAUCGGCACGGCGUUGUUCUGGUGUGAUCUCGGGCUCGCGUCGUUGAUGGCUACGUUCCUGGUGGAUGCUGUGAACGGGGCGACAAGGCAUGGUCACCGGGCAGGCUGGCUCGAGGGCGCAAGCUUGAACACGAGUCAUCUUGACUGGUUCUACUGGGUUGUGGCUGUUGUCGGAUUGCUCGGCUUCUUCAACUACCUGUACUGGGCCAACAAGUAUGUGUACCAGAACAAUCAACGUGUUGCUAACGUAGCGCCAACGGUUGAUCAGGAUUCGCCUUGACAUUCACAUAUGCAUGGUAUAUUAGUCCCUACUUUUAAAUAGGGCGCUAAGCCUCUUAGCGGCGGAUCUUUUCUAAAUGCUAUAGCGGAGCUAUAGCGCGCUAUUUAAAAUGUUUGUUCAUGUGAUUGAAUCAGAGUUUCUUAGCGCAGGACCUCUUGUAAACGCUAUAGCGCUAUUUAAAACUAUGAUGUUAGUACUUCAGAAAAUAGAAGGAUGUGUGAUUCACUAUGUCUUGGAUUAGUCAAGUCUGCAAAGGAGUAAUGUACAAGCCUGUAC